AUGGUGGUGGAAAGGACGCUGAUUGCCGCAAGGCAGGGGGAUGUACAAACUCUGAAAGUGCAAUUAGCGGAGAAAGUACUGAACAGCGGAGUAAAGGACCUUUUGGGAGCCUCACCUGUCCACCAUGCAGCCCGUACUGGAAAACUGACUUGCCUGCGUUUCCUCGUGGAAGAAGUGGGUUUACCGGGCAACGGUUUGGCGAAUAAUGGCGCCAGCCCCGCACACGACGCGGCUGCCACUGGUAACCUGGCCUGCUUACAGUGGCUAUUGACUCAAGGGGGAUGUCAUACCGCGGACCGGGAUAGUUCCGGAGCCACCGUUCUCCACCUCGCCUCCCGGUUCAGCCAUCACGAGAUCACUGAUUGGUUGCUGAAGAGCGGGGAGGCUGAUGCCGGGGUGUCCACAGAGACGGGGGCCCUGGCUGUCCACUAUGCUGCUGCCAAGGGAGACCUGCCCUCCCUCCGACUCCUGUUGAGACACAUCCCAAACGUUGUCAAUUCCCAAACAAAGAAUGGUGCCACACCCCUCUACCUGGCCUGCCAGGAGGGUCACCUGGAGGUAGUCCAAUACCUGGUGAAGGACUGCGGGGCGGAGCCGAGCAUCAGAGCCAAUGACGGGAUGACACCUCUGCAUGCUGCCGCCCAAAUGGGCCAUAACACUGUCAUUGUCUGGCUGAUGAGCUUCACAGAGAUCAGCCUGUCAGACCGGGACGGUGACGGUGCCACGGCCAUGCACUUCGCCGCCAGCCGCGGCCAUGCCAAGGUGCUCAGCUGGCUGCUACUGCACGGUGGCGAGAUCAUCACCGAUAGCUGGGGCGGAACGCCGCUACACGAUGCCGCCGAGAACGGGGAGCUGGAGUGCUGUCAGAUCCUGGUGGUGAAUGGGGUGGACCUGGGCAUACGGGACCAGGACGGCUUCUCGUCGGCCGACUUGGCAGAGUACAACGGGCACGUCCAGUGUGCCAAGUACCUGUGCACUGUUGAGAACAUGAGUGUGGCGCACCGCGUGCUUUCCCGGGACCCAUCGGCCGACCUGGAGUACAGCAAGCAGCCCGACAUGGGCCUGUCAUCCCCCACCAACCCAAUGUCCCCAGCGGGGUCGCGACAGACCCAGCAACCGGCCCACUUCGACAUGGGCUCGCCCUCCAGCACCCUGUCCAACUACGACUCAGCCAACUCCAGCCAGUGUAGCAUGGGAGAAAUGCGGAGCGGCUCACCCCCUUCAUCACGAGCCCCCACCGGCCCAGCGGAGUCCGCCAUAAAUGACAUGCAUACUUACACGGAUAUGCUCAACCCUGACGUGGAGCCCGGAGCUCCCAAGUGCAAGGAGCCCGCCGCCACCGCUCAGCCGCCUCCCCCACCCCUGCUGGACUUGCCAACGCCCCCUCCCCCCGACUCCCCCUCCCAACCUCUCCUGCCUCCCCCCGAAUACCCUCUGCCACAGCCCCCGCGGACUCAGCCGAUCUAUCUGAAGGCGAAGAGCAACCUGAGGCACGUGGACCCCUCCCUUGUUUCUACCCAGCAACUGACUCCAGAAGAGAACCAGGAUAGGCUGCACCGGGUGGACUCCAACAGAAAGUCUCGAAACUUCAACAAGCAGCCCAGCACGGGGGACUACUACAAAGCCCUGGGUAGCGACACGGUCGACUACCGUGGGGUCCGAACCAUGGUGCCUAACAAGGAGGGUUCUCUGUUAUUGGAGGAGUCAGCCAACAGCCCCGCCCCCAGCCCACAGAACAGCACCACCGAAGAGUUGCCCCUCCCUCCUCCCCUGCCCCCACUCCCCAUCAGUAAUCCCACCCCGGCACCCCCUCCUCCCCCACCUUUGCCCUCAGAAAUGCCCACCUUCCAGUACAGCUCUUCCUCAAGCACCAACCAGCGACGCCCCUCCUCCUCUUCAGGAAGCAACAAAUCCUUCAACAUGAUGUCCCACACCAGAGACAACACGGAGUUGCUGGCUGAAAUAAAAGCAGGGAAGAACCUGAAGCCCACCCUUCACAGUAAAGGCUACACAACAGUCUUCUCCAACAGCGGCCUCCCGGGCAAUAAUGGAGAGAGCCCCAUGUCACCGCCCCAGACCCACACGGUCAGCCCGUCGUCAGCCAAGCCCACGUCUCCGCCCUCCGCCGCCAGCGCCAACUCCCCACCCGCCGCCCUCAGCCCUGUGGGUACCAGCACGCCCCGGACCCUCUCCACCUCCAAGAGCAGCGAGCAGCACCUCAAUAGGAACGUCAGCGGGGCAGCAAGCCUGAAGGGACAGACCCGGAAGGGUAGCCUGGCGGACGUGGAGGCCCUAGUGCCCACACACGACGAGCAGGGCCGAGCCACCCCUGAAUGGAAAAGGCAGGUGAUGGUGCGCAAGCUCCAGGUGAAGAUGCAGGAGGAGGAUGAACACAAGCGCAAGGUGGAUGAGGAGGUGGCGCGCCUGGCGUCCAUGCCAGGAUGGCGAAGGGACAUCAUCAAGAAAAAGCUUGAUGAAGAGAAAAAAGAAGAGGAGCUUGCAAACAAGGCAAAGGAGAGCGGGGAGAAGAAAGAGCAGGAGCGACUACGGACCAUGGGUUACAACGAGAGCAAGUUGGCGCCAUGGCAACGGCAGAUCAUCCUGAAGAAAGGAGACAUUGCGAAACAGUAGAUAGUGCCUCCCCGUCCAACCCUCUUCCCCUUCAAUGUCAACCAACCAACCCCCAACCACUACCAAAAUCCCCUCCCAUACCCAACCCUCAUCGCACCCCACCCCAACCAAGUUUCCACUAGAUUACACAGCCACAAAGUCAGAUUCCAGAGCCACAAAGGCAGAUUCCAGAGCCACAAAGGCAAAAUUACCUACAAAAAAUGUGCAUUGUGGCAUUAAUUUAAGGUUAUUAGGGUUAGGUUGAAAAUAAACGUGAAAUUAUAGAAAUAGGCAGAGUUUAGCCAUAAUUUGACUUUGUGGCUGUGUUAACUAGUGACGACCCACCAAACAGGACCAUGCCACCUCCCAACAUGCUUUGCAGCUCUGCCAUCCUGAAAUGGUGUGGCCGCACCAAGGUCCCGUGGACAAAAACUGUACGUAUCGCAGCGUUAGCGGUGUCUGAUUCAAAGGACAACAUGAGCACAUUGAAUAGAUGCUCCUACACCUUUUUGUCCUGUCAAAACAUUUGGCUAAAUUACUGUACGUAUCGCAACUGUAUGAGACCCUUAGACUUGAAUCACAUACAUAGCUUUACUUUACAUUAUUUAACAUGACUCUGUAGGAAUUUCCCACACACUUGAACAACCUUUCUCAAUGUUGAUCUGUUGGUCUGUCUUGUUGGCCAUUGUGGGAAAAGUUGUCAUUGCUAUAGGUUGAGCAGUUUGUCAUAAAUAGAAAAACUGUCCACGAUCUGUUUUCUCUGCAUUUGAUUCACCCACACUUACAUUGAUAAUUGAGCUCUAAAACUAGACUGUUGUAUUCUACUGUAGGUUUGCUUUUAGGAUGGAAAAUGUCAUGGUUAACAUAAUAAGCAAUGGCAUUUUGAUACUGUAUAUAUCAUCUCCAUGUAUUGCACAAAGACCUAUAUAGAACCAGACCAUUCUACUUAAUGAUGCUAUUUUUCAUUGAGCCCAUCUGAACUUCCAGAGAUAUUGUUGAAACAGGAAAUAGAUAAAGUCCCUCUUGUAUCUGUUAUUUUGUACAUUAAUAUCAUAUGGGUAACUGCAACCAUAAGUCAUUUAAAAUGGGUUUAUUAAUAUUGUUAGUUGUGGAUGACGUAAUUAAAGUAAAAAAAUAACACUGAACAAAAAUUAUAAAAGCAACAUGUAAUGAUUUCCAUGAUGUUACUGAGUUACAGUUCAUUUCAGGAAAUCAGUCAAUUGAAAUGAAUUCAUUAGGCCCUAAUCUUUGGAUUUCACAUGACCGAGAAUACAGACUGGUCACAGAUACCUUUAAAAAAAAGUAGUGGAUCAGAAAAGCUGU